AUGGAAGUGAUUAAAACAGAAAGUACCCCAAGUGAUAAUCCGGCAAGUCCGGCAAAUUCACCUCCUGCGGGAGCACUGGCCCAUGGAUUUUUGGGGGGCCAAGUCACUUUCCAUCAACGGUCGGAGCUCAGUGGCCCGACUGACGUGCCUUCGGGCAGAAACAAUUCCGACGCGCCUACGGGUAAUAUGACAACAAAUUUAAAUGACAAAAACUUGACUAUACUGGACAAUGGUGGCUAUGUCCUCUCAGCUAAAAGCACGUUACGCCUCAAAGGAGGCGGCGGUGGUGAUGAUGGCACCGAAGCUGGCAGUUCGGCGUACACUACGCCUAUGUUUAAAAACUUGACUGCCAAUAGACUUAUAAAACGAAAGAGACUUGGUGAAGAGGAUACCAGCCCUGGCUCACCUUGUCCGCACGCCACGGACUUGGAGAAAUACUCUGACGAGAUCUGCGAUAAUAUCAAAGAUACGAAGUUGAUCCUUGAAGACAUGAUCAAAGAGUCGAAAAUUGGUAGGCGCUGGAUUGAUACCAUCACCCACCAGCUGGACGAGAUCCUUAUCAGUAACAACCGUCUGGGCAGGGCCAGUUUUAAAGUUCUUGGAAAAUUUGAAGAACAACGCGACGAACUCCGCUCGCUCCAUAGUCAUGUGGCGCGCGUAGGUUUUGAAGGGUGUUACAACUUACGCGGCCAACAUACGCAAGGUACGAAAUAA